GACGGAGAGAGAAUUUUAUACACACAGAGAGAUAUUUUUCUUCUUCUUCUUCUUCGUCUUCUGGAAUUGGUUUUAACGGACGUUAGGUUUUUUUUUUGUUGAAGGCGUUUAAGUUAAGAUUUAAUGGCGGAACACGGUGAAGAGGCGAAGCAUACAGAGAGUUUGAUGGAGAAGAUAUCAGAGAAGAUUCAUUCACAUGAUUCUUCAUCAUCGUCUUCAUCUGAUUCUGAUAAUGAAAAGGAAGUUAAACAUCAUUCAGUACCUACAUCUUCAUCACCAAAAGGUGUUCAGUCUGCUAUUAAUCGGCUCUUUGGAAGGAAGAAACCUGUUCAUCAUGUCUUUGGUGGUGGCAAACCUGCUGAUGUUUUCUUAUGGAGGAACAAGAAGAUUUCAGCUAGUGUUCUUGGUGGAGCUACUGUUGCAUGGGUUCUAUUUGAAUUGUUGGAAUACCACUUGCUCACUUUGGUCUGCCACUGUGCUAUAUUGACUUUGGCUGUUCUGUUCUUGUGGUCGAAUGCAUCUACCUUCAUCCAAAAGUCUCGCCCAAAAAUUCCUGAAGUCCAUCUUCCUGAGGACCCAUUCUUGCAGAUUGCUGCUGGCUUGAGAAUUGAGAUUAACAGGGCUCUAGCUUGCUUGCGCGAGAUUGCUUCAGGACAUGAUUUGAAGAAGUUUCUUGCUGUGAUUGCUGGAUUGUGGGUUCUAUCCAUUGUGGGAGCUUGGUGCAAUUUCUUGACCUUGUUCUACAUAGUGUUCGUGUUGCUACACACUGUUCCCGUGCUCUAUGAGAAAUAUGAGGACCAAGUUGAUACCUUUGCUGAGAAGGCUAUGCACGAGUUGAAGAAACAAUAUGUGGUGUUUGACGAGAAGGUUCUAAGCAAGAUCCCAAGAGGUCCACUGAAAAACAAGAAGCUCUAGAUGAGUAACAAAGGUAUUCUAUAACCCAGUAGUAGGUUUUGAGAAAACAUUUGGUUGGGUGUACCUGUGGUUUUGAAGACGUGGUUGUGAUUUUAUCCAUUGAUGGCUGUGACCCUUGUUUCUUUGUUCUUCUUUUUUUUUGGGUUUCUUUUUUUUCGGUCUUAAGUAGCAUCUGGGUUCUCCAUUUUGGAUGAAUAUGGUAUUUUGUAGGAUUUAAAAACUCAUAUUUCUCUUAUGUUUCGUAUAUGGGGUGAAUGAUUAGAUAUUGUAAGGGAAAUGUUAAUCACAACUUAUUACUUUGAUCAGUUCUUUGUUCAUAUAUCAUGUAACUUGUUGUGUUGUGAUGAUA